ACGGCUAUUUAUGACCGCUCGUUCCCGGCUUUGAAAAGUAGCAUCAAGAAAUCAUUAAAAUGUCGUUUAUUAACGUUACUCCAGAAAGUCAUUUCCCUAUCCAGAACCUGCCUUAUGGUGUGUUUUCGACAGCUGAUAAUUCGAGACCACGUAUUGGUGUUGCUAUCGGAGAUCAGAUUUUAGACCUGAGUGUAGUGAAGACUUUGUUUGAGGGACCAGUCCUUGCUAGUCAACAAAAUGUGUUUGAAGAAACCAGUCUGAAUGCAUUCAUGGGUCUUGGAAGACCGGCAUGGACAGAGGCAAGAGAGACUCUACAGAAGAUACUGUCAGCUGGGGAACCAGUACUCCGAGAUAAUGCAGCUCUUAGACAGAGAGCGUUUGUGUCCCAGUCAGAUGCUACGAUGCACAUGCCGGCUCAGAUCGGAGACUACACAGAUUUCUACUCAUCCAAGAACCAUGCAACCAACGUUGGUAUCAUGUUCAGAGGAAAGGAGAAUGCUCUAAUGCCUAACUGGACACAUAUACCAGUAGGGUACCAUGGCAGGGCCUCGUCUGUUGUUGUAUCAGGGACACCAAUCAGAAGACCUAACGGACAAACAAGGCCUGAUGAAGCAAAGCCACCACAGUUCACUAGUUGCAAAUUGUUAGACUUUGAAUUAGAGAUGGCAUUUUUCACUGGACCAGCAACCAAAAUGGGGGAACCAGUACCUAUAGAGAAAGCUGAGGAUUAUAUUUUUGGAAUGGUAGUAAUGAAUGAUUGGUCAGCAAGAGAUAUACAGAAGUGGGAGUAUGUACCACUGGGACCAUUCCUUGGUAAAAACUUUGGUACAACAAUAUCUCCAUGGGUGGUUACCAUGGACGCCUUGAAGCCAUUCCAAGUGCCAAAUAUAGAACAGGAUCCAAAACCUCUACCAUACCUUACACACGAAGAUAAUUAUAACUUCGAUAUCAAUCUUGAAGUAUCCUUGAAAUGUGACGGGCUGUCUAAACCAAAAACGUUAUGUCGCAGUAACUUUAAGUAUAUGUACUGGACUAUGAAGCAGCAGUUAGCUCAUCAUACAGUCACAGGCUGCAAUAUCAACCCAGGGGACUUAAUGGGGUCUGGAACUAUAUCAGGGGAGACUGAGGAUUCUUAUGGAAGUAUGCUUGAACUCUGCUGGAAAGGGACCAAACCUAUAGACCUGUGUGAUGGUGUGACCAGAAAGUUUCUGCAGGAUGGUGAUGAAGUGAUCAUGACAGGUUACUGCGAGGUAGGCGGGCACAGGAUUGGGUUUGGGACCUGUUCAGGCCAGGUUUUACCAGCUUUGCCUAUAUAAGAUAGAGAAAAACAGAACAGUGCUAAAAAUAAACAGUAAAGACAAGUGGUUUGAGGCAUAUCAGAGAUGUUCCUUGAAUGAGUCUCCAUAGCAACAGUGUUAUUACUAAUCUCCAUAGCAACAAUAACAGAAUCAGAUCCAUAGCAACACUGUGUAUUGAAUCUCCAUAGCAAUUUAGUGCUUUCUUUUGUCCAUAGCAACAAAGUAUUCAGAAUCACUGCAACAUUGUAUUGAAUCUCUAUAGCAACAAUGUGCUUAUCUAUCAAUAUACAUUCAAAGCCAUAGCAACAAUAUACAUUCAGAGCCGUAGCAACAUUGUAUUGAAUCUCUGUGGCAACAUAGUGCUUACUUAUCUCCAUAGCAACAAUGUAUUAUUAUUUAGAAUCAUAGCAACAUUGUAUUGGAUCUCCUUAGCAAUGUUCAGUGUGCAGUCAAAACCGUUGUAUGUUGAAUCUUUAAAGCAACAUUGUGUAUAUAAGUCUACAUAUGAGUCAAAAUAGCAUUAGAGUUUUGUAUAAAAUAAAAAGUGUAACAUUUUCCAUGGUAAAGAUAAAAGUUUAACAUUUUCCAUGAUUGUAAAAGUGAAUGUGAUUUUAACAUUAAAGCAUUUUAAUUUUUGAUAUUUAGUGUUGUUCAAGGUAAACGUCAGAAAAUUAAGUGUAGACUUAGUUUGGAAACUGCAAUUUUUCUUAGUGUUUUGCUGUUUUAAGGAUCUGGACUGAAAAUUGUCUGGUUUAUUUUUAUGAUCUCAUAUUAAAUAUGAACUUAGUCAUGAAACAGUAUUUUAUUUAUCUAAAAACAUGUUCCAAUGUACGUACCUCUUGGUACUAUUUUUUCUUUCAAUAUAGUCUCUGUGUUUGGUAAUUUUAACUUCAGUUUACAAGACACAACUGAAGCAAUGAUUUCUAUGCCAGAAAAAUGAUAAAACACAUUCAGAAAAAGAAAGUUUUGAAAGUAGAAAAAAUAUCAUACAGUUUUAUUAGUUGUCCAAUUUUGUGUGUGUGUGACUGUGUGUUGUUUAAUCAGGUGAUUGAUAAUGUUAAGUGGACUAAUCAUUUGUUACAUGACUGUAUGUUGUUUGUGCUGUAUGACCAGUCUAUACUCAACACAUAUUAACUGAGGUAAAGCCAAAUCAAGAACAACUGAAUCAAUGAAAAUGUAUUUAUGAUGUCAUUUUAUAAUAAACUUACUGAAUGACUUGCAGGUUGAUGGACCAAACUAACUGCCCUCUGUCCUUCGACCCUGGAGCAAUAGUUUUGGCAGUUGACUGGUAAACUAUUUAGUGAGUCUGACAUAUUGGACAAAGUGAGAUAAUAUUGUUGUCAUUUAAGAAUACUCCAAAUAAUUGUUUUCUGAUAUAUUAAUGAAUAAAUUUUUGUAAUAAAAAGUC